GACAUAAGUCACGCAGAGGAAACCGCGUGUGAUUUUGUUGUAAUCAAAGGUGCUAAAGCGUGUUUUCAUGGUAUAAUAGCAAAAACAGAGCAAUUAUAUAACAGGUUGCUAACAGCAGUAACCAUGGCGUGCCCAAAACUGGAUAAUAUAAUAGAAAAAUUCAAUAAUUUCACAGAGAAACCAGUGAAAUUUCUCGCAGUGCAAAGUGACCUCAAAGACGAUAUUAAAACUUUGGUUAAAUCUAUUUAUGACUUUACCAAAACACAAGAAAAUGUUAAAUCUAAAGAGAAGAAAGCUGCUCUACCCGAGCUGAUUGUCCAAGACUUUGAUGAAGAACAGAUUUGGCAGGAAAUUGAACUUCAAAAUUCAGAAUGUUGGGAUCAAUUAGUAUGGGAAGUUGCUAAUUGUAUGUCUGACAAAAAUAAGUUAGCGUUCCCCAUAGCUGCAAAUGAAUCUGAGGAUAAUGAGAAUGCUGAAGAAGAUGAUAUAGAAGACCCCAUGGAAGAGGAUGACGACUCAGAAAUGGAAGAUGAGGAUGAAGAAAAUGACGAUACUAAAGAAUUACCUAAGAAUAAGAAACCUUUGCUACCAAAAUCCAAAGUUAAACCUUCAAUAGUAGAUGACCAAUUCUUUAAACUUGGAGAGAUGGAGAAAUUCUUGAUAAAUGAAGAAAAGAAAGGUCCGAAAGUAAAUUCUGAUGACAGUGAUGAGGAAUCCAUAGAUAUGUUUGAAGACAUGGAUGAUGAUGACGACUCACAAGAAGAAGAUCCAAUGUAUUCAGACUUUUUUUCUCAAGAAGGUGAUGAGAAUGAUGAUAAUAUCAAUAACGAAAACAAAGAGAAUGAUGACUUUCAAGAAAAUGGUGAUGAUGAUGAAAGUGAUCAGUCAGAGCAAGAGGUGCCUCAGCAAAAGAACAAGAAAAAAGUUAGGUUUGCAUUGGAUCACGAGUCUUCGGAUGAUGAUGAGUCAGUUGAUAGUGAAGUACCUGCCAUCACUACCAAACAGACAAAUGAAAAGAAAUCUGAUUUCGAACACAGACAAGAAAGAUUAAAAGACCAAAUACAGAAGUUAGAAGAACGGACCUUAGGGGAAGCCCCAUGGCAAUUGAAAGGAGAGGUUGAUGCUACAAAACGUCCGCAAAACUCAUUACUUGAAGAAGUAGUAGAUUUUGACCUCACCAGCCGUCCUCCGCCCAUUAUAACAGAACAGACUACGGUCUCACUAGAAGAUAUUAUUAGACGCAGAAUUAAAGACAAAGCAUGGGAUGAUGUUGUUAAAAAAGAAAAGCCUGUUGAUGACCAACUAUCGUUCCGUAAAACAGAAGUAUUAGAUCAUGCUAAGAGCAAGCUGAGUCUAGCUCAGGUUUACGAAGCUGAGUAUUUAAAGCAGAAACAAGGGCAAUCUGGAGAAGUUGAAGAAGAAAAGGAACCGGAAGCUCACAAGGAGAUCCGUGACUCAAUGAAUAAGUUAUUUGCUAAACUAGAUGCUUUAUGCCACUACCAUUAUACUCCAAGGGCGCCGCAAGCAGAAGUCAAGAUAGUCAGCAACACACCAGCAAUCUCCAUGGAAGAAGUGGCUCCGGUCGCUACAAGCGAUGCCACAUUACUAGCCCCAGAGGAAGUCAAGAAGAAGCGCAGAGGAGAUCUGAUGAGUAAAGAAGAAAGAACACAAACAGACAAGAACAGAGAAAGAAGGAAAAAGAAGAAGUUCCAAAGAGCUAAAGGCAAAGAUACCAAGGUUACGGAACACAGGAAUACGCAGAAGGGUGCGGAGACAGAUGAUAAGUCAUUGAAGACUUCAAAGGCAUUCUUCCAGCAGUUGAAUGAUGAUUCUAGAAGUUUAAUUAAGAAUAAGCGUAAUGUUAAGAAUAAAGGACAAUAAAUAAAUGUGUUUUGUGUUA